UAACAACUCGGUUAACAUUUUACAUUACCGAAAAUAACGAGUACCAUAAUAGUGUUGCUACAAUGUAUCUUCUAUUAUUAGUUGUGUGCUGUGCAGUGUUUGAAGGUUAUGCAUCUAAUGUGCCCUUGAUUCAGCCAUGCCUGCUGGGUGACUCAGAAUGCCUCAUCAAGACAAACACUCGUAUCGCUCUAUCCAGAAUCGGCAAUGGUUUGCCAGAGCUCGGAAUUGAAUCUUUAGAACCAAUGCAAUUAAGAAACAUAACGAUGGGCGCAUAUGGUUUUACAUUAGUCUUUCGAGAAAUGAACAUCGCUGGUGCUUCGAAGUGUAAUGUUGAAGACAUAAAAUUAAAUUUUGUAAAAUCUACUAUGGCAGUAACUAUAGAAUGUCCACUAGAAGCUACAGGGUCAUUUAAAAUGUCUGGAAGUAUUUGUUUCUUUGAUGUCAAUCACGUGGGAAAUUACAUUGUUAAAUCAGAUUCCAUCAGGACUACAGUUAAUUCGAGAAUCGAUAAUGUUUAUGGCGCUGAUGGCAACACAUAUUGGAAAUUGUCACUUUUAGGUUAUUCCUACGAGCCUAUUGAAAACCUUCACAUUGGUCUGGGAAGACUGUUCGUGGGAGAAGUGACUAGAGCUUCGCCCUUACACAACGUGGUUAGCAACAACUGGUGGCCGCUGGUAUCACAGGUCGCCGAGCCGGCCGUCAGCACCGCCAUCAACCGCUUCCACGACGUUCUCAAAACAUUCUUCCUUCGCGUACCUCUCGCACAUCUGGCCAAAUAAUUAAUCACCAACUAUAAAUUUAAUGUCCACAAAUUCUUGA